AUGCCGUCAACGUCCAUCUCGUCCGGCGAGACGCCCAAGGCCUCAUCUAAAAGCCCAAUGGACGACAGCAAGAAUUUUGAGAUGCAGGUGGGCACCACCAUCGAGGUUCCGGCCACCGGUGUAGUCGAUGCCGUGCACGCCGCCGAAUACGUCGAGUACCUCCGCCUCAAAGACCACUUCACGGCCAACCCCAAGGCACACCGGAGUAUGAUCAUGCGCCUUGAUGCCCGGAUCCUGCCUUUCUUGUUCAUGUACUAUCUAUUGAACUCGAUUGAUCGGACCAAUGCUGGCAACGUGAAGAUCUACACCUUCAUGAAAGACACCAACAUGACCAACACGCAGUUCAAUUUGGCUCUAACUUGGUUCAUCAUCAUGUACGCCAUGUUCGAAGCACCGUCCAACGAGGAUGAGAUGAAGUUUCUUAAACUUCGCGUCAAGUACCGCGAUGGUCCUGUGCCUCCUGACAUGACAUUCUGUUGGAGUGUCUUCUUUGAGGCCGUCAAGGACUGGAAGACCUACCUCGUUGCUUCACUUCUCGCAUUUGGUGGCUCUGUGCCCACAUACUCCGUCAACUACACCCUGGCAACGGUAAAAUUCCCAGGGAGUGGUAUCGGAAAGGGCUACUCCUCCAUCCAAGCUCAGGCAUUGACCUCCCCACCAUAUGUAUUUGCGUUCUUCUGCGUUAUCGCCAUUGCAUUCUAUUCUGAUCGGUACCAAUGCCGAGCGAGAUCUUUGAUCAUCAGCUACACGGUUGGCACCAUCGGUAUUGUCAUCCUGUGGCCUUCUCUAUACUACCCCACCCUUUCCGGGCUCAGCUACUUUGCUCUCUUUCUCGUCAUUGCUGGCUAUAACAUGCAAGGCCCUGCCGUUGGCUCUUGGCUGGGUACCAACGUGCGCAACCCAGCUAAGCGAGCCGCCGCAAUGGGCUGGAUGUCGACUUGGGGCCAGCUAGCUGGCGGCUGCAUCGGCGUAAAUAUAUUCGUCGGCAACGAAGCCCCCACCUAUCGCUCCGGCUUUAUCAUCAUCAUCGUCCUCGUUGCUAUAGGUGGCUAUGGCGCCUGCAUCACAAACUGGUAUCUACUGCGCCGUGCCAACCUUCGAAAGGAUCGUAUACCCCUUUCGGAAAUAGAGGGAAAAUACACCGAAAAACAGCUAGCCGAGAUGGGUGAAUACUCGCCGUACUUUAGAUACGUUUUGUAA